AUGCUCCACUGCUGGAGAACAUAUCUCGUCUUUGAACGGCCGUUGAGGGUAUCAACACGCCGCUAUUCGCCUUCAUCUCCUUGCACCUGUCCAGCGCCGCACAGCAAAAGACAAAUUGCACGGUACGACGCCUGCCGUUUCAGGUGUCAUACCAUAACCACAAGCAAUAUACGUCAAUCGAGAUUAUUGGUCUGCACCACCCCCGCGUCCACUCUCAUUGACAGCCAAAAUCCAAGGGCGAAAGAUAACGAGAUUCGUACAGUCUCAGGGGAUCCAAUCACCACUCUACAAUCGUCAUCGCCAUUGCUAGGACCAGCACGCCGUAGAGCUCCGCAAUUCAGCAUCUGGCUUGAUCGGCUCAAGCUCGAGUUCAAACUCCCGUUAUCAGAGCUUGCAGUGCUCUCACUCUCCGCCGUCCUCCAGUUUCGUCACGUGUACGAUCAUCCUUCGUGGACCGCGCCAUUCACAAUCUCACCGGCCACUGAGCAACCACCUUACCGCCACAAUUACGACAUGCUCAUCGACGAGAAGAACAAUUCCGUAGAAGCCCAAGAGACCAGGACUUCUCUUCCUCCAAGUGUUGUCGAACCAACGACAACCCACAACAUCUCCAAACCCCUAGAAGACGGACACGCUCCGCCGAACUACGCAGAGGCUGUGGGGACAGCAAACCCUCCAGUGGUCAGUGACCUCAAAUAUCGUAUACAGCCCGGUACUUCGACCAGCGCUGAAGGAACCAAAGAGGGAGCAAUCCCGGCUCCAGCGAACUAUGUGCACGUAUUCAAGCGCGACGGAUCCAUUCUGGGCCAGUGGAAUAUUCAACCCGCUCUCUUGGUGCCCUCUGAACUUCUGUUGAGUAGUGAGGAACGAGAAAAGGCGACUGCGACGAUAUCCAACUGGGCUGCUAUGCAGAAAAAGUCCAAGCCAAAGGCUGAGGUAGAGGAGGAACCAGCCAAUCUUACUCUGCACACUCGGGAUGGACGUAUCCAAGCCGACGUGUGGAUUGCAGAUUCGAACGAGGAGGACGCGCUCGAGGAGGAGGCAAAGAAGUGCACCAAGUUGGACUUGCACACUCGAGACGGAGGGGUCGUAUUGCGCGUCAGAACUCACGGGACACGACCGCUACAUAUCCGAGCGUACACGCACGACGGUCAUAUCCGUGUCUUCCUUCCGCGCUCAUUCACUGGCUUGGUACAACAUGAAAUUUAUGACGGCAAGCUCGUCUUCUCGCCCGCAAUGCAUCCGUCCGUCUCGACAUUCUCUCAGGUUGAUGGCAAGCGUGGCGCGAGCUUCAUCGGUGAUUGGCAGACUGCCAUGAAAGACGGCGAGAAUGCACUCGGAAAUUGGCAAGGGGAUCGCUGUGAAGCUACCAGUCGUGACGGAAGCCUGUACUUUUUCUGGGAAGACGAGUUUGAGGCCGAAUGGGCGAGGAAGAGUAACUGGUUCAAAGCCUUGUUUAUGUAA